AUGACCAAUUGGUCAUCCGCUCCAUGGUGGACCGCCCCUCUCCCCACCUCUGUUCUUUGCGCUACGGUCCGUCCCAUCACUGGGUCUGACAGCGUUCUUCUCACCGGUACUGGUCGUCCCUUUGAAACGGCCCCUAUCACCAGCCCAUCCAUCCUUCAAGCUUGGCAAACGGCUACAGAGCUUUGCACGGACUACUAUGGGUGGGUCCUAGACGAGAUUGAGAUUCAGGGUGACGAAGCUACCUUAGUUGCUGCCCUGUUGGAAGGUCGCCUUCGCGUGAUCAGCGAUGGAUCCUUCAAGAAUGAGUUAAGGACCGCAGCUGUUCAACUCCUGGUGAAGCAUGGAGGGUCAGAUCGGAUGACCAUCCGGUGCCAGACCCCGGGUUUGCCCCACGAUCAGAGCCCAUACCGCAGUGAACUCAUUGGGUGCGGAUUUUCUCCCACUGACGCUCAGUUUGACUUGGUGUCAUCCAUUCAGGAAGCUAUCCUUUGGUCCUCGGUGGAUUGGUCGCCCCAGCACGUGUACGGCCAUCUUGACAAGUCCAAUCUAUUUGACAAAUUGUCUUGGUGGGAGAAACGGAAUCUGGAAGUUGAUGGAAUGGCUGUGGAGUAUCGUAAAGAACUUGAGGCGGCUAAUCAUCUCAUAGCCCCCAAUCCUCGAUUCUUCACUGAACUUGCGGCGCUUUACGUGGCAGACACCAAACAGUCAUGUCUUGAUCCUCAGUUUAUCCAAGAGCGCGUGACCCUGCCCGCUCUUCGCUUGCGCUGGAGGGACAAAGGUACUAUCUCCGCCGAAGCCAAGUCUGAGAUCGCCUGGGACACACUGGGUCGCGCCAUGCUAUCUCUUCCUGCAGGACUUCAAAGGUGGUCUACUAAACACUGCGUGGAAUGGGAUCGUCGCAUCGCAGCCUUCUCCGCGUGGCUGGAUCUGCAAUUGACGGGCCCUUCCAUCAAACACGCAAUCCUACAACUUCUUCAUGGCGUCCGCGCACCUUCUUCCCCAUCUUUACGGACCAUCCCUCCUUCGGUUCGGUCGGCCUUCUUGGCUCAACAGGUGAUUGGGUAUCAAGGCCUUUUGGAGGGACGCAUAGCCUUGUCUUGGCUACCGCUCCAACAACAACAUUAUGACAAGAUCAGAUGUCAUUGA